UCUAGUCCUUUUCCUUCUUGUCCACAAUUCUUUUCAAGUCUUCAGAAAGCAGAAAAAAGAUAUGGGAAAGUUUAGGGUUGUGCUUUGUAUGCUCGUGGUUACCCUGGCAAUGGAAGCCAUGCCUGGGAUGGCUGAAAGUUGGGUUCAGAAGCUGGUGACUGAAAAAGAGACGGUGACCAAUUUGCAAUUCUACUUCCAUGACACGCUAAGUGGGAAGAACCCGAGUGCUGUGAGGGUGGCUCAGGCCACCGGCACAGAUAAAUCGCCAACUCUUUUUGGUGUUGUCAUGAUGGCAGAUGAUCCAUUGACAGAAACUCCAGAUCCCACCUCCAAGCUCUUGGGGCGGGGACAAGGGCUUUACGGGUCAGCUUGCCAGGAUGAACUUGGUCUCAUCAUGUCCAUGAGCUUUGGGUUCACAGAUGGUAUCUAUAAUGGCAGCUCUAUCAGCCUUCUUGGUAGCAAUAGAGCUUUGACUCCCGUCCGAGAGAUGCCCAUAGUCGGUGGCACCGGCGUUUUUCGACUGGCUCGGGGCUAUGCAAUUGCCAAAACGUAUUCUUUAGAUCUUACCACUGGCGAUGCCAUUGUUGGAUACAAUGUUACAGUCGUUCACUAGGAUUUCUCUGUAGCUUCUUCUAUGAUAUUAUUCACGUAAUAUUAUGCAUACAAUUACAUAGUUUAAUGAUGUUUGAUAUUGCAGUUUCUGAAUAAGUAGUUUAUUUUAUGA